AGCUUCGCUUCAGGUGAGCCAGAGCAGAUCAACCGAGCUCUGAAGACGGCGCUAGAGAGCCUCCCACCGGUCGUUUUCUCCCUCCUUCCCUCCUGGCCCUCUUGCGCUUCCGCCUCCCCCGAUUCCAUUUUUCCAGGAGCGAGCCGACUUCUGGAGAUGCAUGCUUUGGAGGCCGGACAGCCGGUGGUGGGAGAGGGGACACGGGCUGGGGGGCCGCUGGAGCAGAGGGGCGAGGUGGGACAGCCGGGUAGUGGGGGACAGUGGGGACAGCAUCAGCUGCGGGGUCGGGUGGCGAGAGGAGCAGGUGGGCAGAGGGGACAGCAGGGGGAGCAGACAGGCCGGGACGGAGAGGGGGGACUGCAGAGGCAGCAGCAGGGGAGCCAGCGGAGACCGCAGGCCCAGGGCGCUGCGCCUCCGGGCUUGAGCUCGGGGGUGGGGCAGGGGCGGGAGCAGCAAGGAACGGACGGAGGUACAGGGGGGGCAGCAGGAUCGGGAGGAGAGGACCAGGGAGUGAGAGAGGCAGCAGGGGAUCGAGCAGGGGGGUUGGGAGGGUUGGGGGAGGGUAGAGAAGUGGAGGGGAGAGGACAGGUGGGUGGAGGAGAGGACAGGGGGAGAGAGACGACUAGAGAGGAGGCACCGAGGGACCAGACAGGGCAGCAGCCAGGCCAGCAGCAGGGACCAGUCGGACGCACAGGCCAUGUAGGCACCACCUCCUCCUCCCGCAUUGCAGACCUUACCUGCCGCGACGUUGGGCAGACGUUGAUGGUUCUUGUGGAUGUCUCUAUAGCGGAUCCACAGCGGGAGGGGAACGUGCAGCUGAGACGGGCGACCCCCACACAGAUUGGAGUGGCAGCAGCUAGGCCGGUGCAGGAGAAGCUGCGUCACUGGGGGCCGCACUUAGAGGGGUUACAGCCAGCACCACACUUUUACGCGUGCGUGGCUGAGACAUUUGGCCAUUUGAGCGAGCCACUGCGUCAGUUUUUGGGGAUCUGCGCAAAGAGGAUAGCACAGCGGAGGAGGGAUAGGGGAGCGGGGGAUGACGGAUCGGCACGGAUAUUUGAGGCAGGACUCACUACCCGCCUCUCCAUGGCACUGCAGCGCGCGCAGGCUCAAUGCAUCAUCCAGCAUGCAGUGCGGCAGUUGGGGUGUUCCGACGACAGUCACACCCCUUGCCCCCUCAUGCCAUCUGCUCCCCCUGCCCCUAACCUCCGCGUGCCCGCCCCCUCGCCGCCUCCUUUGACCCUCCCUGCCCCCCUCGCCGUUCCCCACCGCCCACCAUUCGUUCCUCCCCGCCCGUGGCCUCCCCUCGUUUACCUUCUCCUCCCACCUCCCCUCCUCCGCUGCACGCGUCUUCCUUCCCCUCGCCAACCUACUCUACUCCCUGCCCCUCCUCAAUCCCCACCCUGCCCCUCGUUUCUCGGCCCCCUGCGCUUGGUUUCUCCCCUCCCUGCCCCUCGCUGCCUUUCUCCACUCCCAUCCUCCCCCCUCUCCCCGCUCCCCCACUCUCCCCCCCUUGUCCUUGGCUUCCCACCUCCCUGCCCCAUGUUUCCCCCCUCUGUGCGCUUAGCCUCUCCCCUCCCUGCCUCUCCCUCCUCCCCGCCCUGCCCCUCAUUUUCUGCUCCCCCACCCCCGGUUUCUCCCCUCGCUGCACCUCCCUUUCUUUCACCGUGCCUCUCCCUUGUUCCCUCCCUGCCCCUGGCCGCCCAUGCCCCUGUCCUUGGUUUCUCCUCUCCCUGCCCCACGUUUCUUCCCUCCCUGACCUCACCUUGUACCCUCUCUCCCACUGCCCACCCCUACUCUGCCCCCCACCUUUCUACGAGCCGUGCACCCCCUUCCAGUCGCCUUUUCCCCCUCACCUAUCUCCAGCGUGGGCACCACCCGAGCAUCCCUUUCCCCCUGUCCUCCCAGCGCUCCACCCGUCCUUCCCAAGCACCAGACAGCUUUUCCCAACCUCUACACCCCCUGCACCUGCCCCCUGUGCCUUCUAGCCCCCUCCCCCGACCCACGCCAGUCACCCCCUUUCUUAAUAUCCUCCACUUACACUCCCCCUGGGGGCCGCCCCUCCCCUAUUAUCACCUAUCUUCGUUUCCCCCACCCCCUCUGUACUUUGUGCUCCAGCCCCCCACAUUCUUCUCCUUGUUCCACAGCACCUCCUUCCGGUGCCCUCUCUGCCCUCCCGCUUUCACACCACCCGCCCCUCAACCCCUUCAUCACCCACCGCAAGGCUCACGCCAGCUCGACGACUCGUUCCCUCACCAACUACCCUUCGCCCCUCCCCCUCUGCCCUCCCCCUUUCCCUCCCUCCUGGGCCCCACCUGCCCACCCCCACCUCCCGUUGACUUCUCUCCUGGCCCCCCUCAUUCGGUUGCACCACGCUUCCCCACACCCUGCUCACCCCUCGCUACAUCACCUCCCCUCCCCCACCUCCCCUGCACCCUGCCACCACUCCCCCCCCCCCCCCCCUUCUGUCCUCCAGCCCGUCCCCCCCUUGGUCCCCCAUCCUCUCCAACGGCCUUUCCUCGGCACCAGACCGCCUCCCCCUACCCCAGCCAACCUUUACACCCCCAGUUCCUGCCCUUUGUGCCUUCCAGCCCCUCUCCCCAACCCCCCCCAGUCCCCCCCUUCUCCAGUACCCUCCAUAUUCCCUCCCCCCGGGGGCUCGCCCCUCCGCUAUUAUCACCUUUCACCGGUCCCCCAAUCCCCCCCGUCCCCAGUUUUCUAGCCCCCCAUUUUAGUCUGCAUUUACCACAGCUACUCUUUUCGGUGCCCUCUCUGCCCUCCCACGUUCUCACUCCCCGCCCCCAACCUCCUCACUACCCGCUACCAGGCUCACGCCAGUUCUACCACCCUCCCCCUCCCCCUCUGUCCCCCCCCCUUCCUUCCCCCCUUUUCUCCACCUGCCCAUCCCCACCUCCCGUUGAAUACUACUCCGCCCCUCCCCACUUCGGCCCCACCACCCGGCUCACCCCUCGCUACAUCACCCCUGCUCCCCCACCUCCCCUGCAACCCACCACCACUUCCUCUUCCCUUUGUCACCCAGCCCGUCCCCCCCUUGCUACCCCCUCCCACCCUGGCCUCUGCCAGGGGUUUUCUAUCCCCUUUGACGCCCAUUCCAGCCAAUUCCAGCCACCCACAUCGCCACCACCAGGCAUGCCGGGGGGCACCCGUGCACGCUCAGUGGAGAGGUCCUCCAACCCACCCACUACCUCCCACUCCCAGGCCAAAAAACAAAUGGAAACACCAAAUCCCGCCCACACACCCAAGCACACAGAAGUGGGGGAGGGCAGAGCCGGUGGGGAAUCUGCGACAAACGCUACAGGGAAAGGGGUGAGUGAGGCUAUGGGGGAAAGGGAAGGCGCUACAGAGGCCGCACGGGAAGGAUCAGCAGAGGCUGUGGAGGAAGGGGAAGCAAAGGCUGCAGGGCGAGGGGCAGCAGGGGCUGCACGGGAAGGGGCAGCAGAGGCUGCAGGGGAAGGGGCUGCAGGGGCGGCAUGGGAAGGGGCAGCAGAGGCUGCAGGGGAAGGGGCAGCAGGGGUUGCACGGGAAGGGGCAGCAGAGGCUGCAGAGGAAAGGGUGGCAGGGGCUGCCGAAGACGGCACCGGAGUAGCAGGUAGGGCUGCAGAGACCACAGCAAGUGAGGCUGCAGGGACAGCAGCAGGUGAGGCUGUAGAGACCGCAACAGGCGAGACUGCAGGGACCACAUCAGGCGAGGCUGCAGGGACUGCAGCAGGGGGGGCUGCAGGGACCACAGCAUGCGAGACUGCAGGGUUAGCUGCUGGUGAGGUUGCAGGGACCACAGCAGAAGAGAAUGCAGAGACCGCAGCAGGUGGGGCGACAGGGACCACAGCAGGUGAGGCUACAGGGAGUGCAGCAGGUGAGGCUGCAGAGGAAGGGGCAGCGGAGGCCGCAGAGGAAGGGGCAGCAGAGGCUGCAGAGGAAGGGGCAGCAGAGGCGGCAGAGGAAGGGGUAGCAGGGGCUGCAGAGGAAGGGGCAGCAGAGGCUGCAGAGGAAGGGCCAGCAGGGGCUGCAGAGGAAGGGGCAGCAGAGGCUGCGGAGGAAGGGGCAGCGGAGGCGGCAGAGGAAGGGGAGGUAAAGGCUGCAGAGGAAGGGGCAGCACAGGUUGCAGAGGAAGGGGCAGCAGGGGCUGCAGAGAAAGGGGCAGCAGAGGCUGCAGAGGAAGGGGCAGCAGAGGCUGCAGGGGAAGGGGAAGAGGUGUUAUAG